AUUGUGUUCCUCUCUUGUCAUUUUACUCAAUCUUAGCAAACUUUAUUUUUUUAUUGACCACAACAAAAACGAUCGCGAUUAUUAUAAUGCAUAGUUUUUAAUAAUUACUUAACCAUGCAUUCUUACGACCGUAUUGCAAAGUCGGUACUGAGAUUUGUUAGUGGGGAGUGCGAACAUAUUUGUAGGUUAUGUUUUGCAACAACAGAAAAGGACGAAGUUUCCAUAGAAAAUUGUGUGAGAGUUCAGAGAUCUUAUUAUGAUGAGACAGUUACUUAUGUUACAAUGUUCCGUGAUCUUGGUGUUUCAACAGAACCACUUUUGCCACAAGUUUUAUGUCCAUCCUGUGCUGAAAACACCAUAAAUUGUUAUUUGUUCCAAAAACUUGUCAUAUUUUCAAACAAUGGAUGGCAUGAAGUACUAGAUCAAUUUAAUGAAAGUCUCAUACAUUCAGAAGGAAUUGGAAACAACGGUCAAAGUAUUUAUCUUGUGAUAAACAAGAGUGAGAACAUAAUGUUUACAAGUAGAAAGAGGUUUGCAUCAAAAAACAAAAAGAUGGUGUUGCUCAAAAUAAAGGAAAUUGUGAAAAGCAGACAAAAAUAUGAAAAGGUUAAAGAUGCAGUCAUUAAUUCCAUAUGUGAAGAGUGUGGUGAGAGGUUCAGCUCCCAUUUUCUCCUUGUUAGACAUAUGAGACUCCACACAAAAUAUAAAUACCCAUGUAAAAAGUGUCCAAAGGUAUUUUCAUCACAGAUUCAAUUGGAAGAACAUGCUGAAAGGAUUCAUUAUCCAAAAAAGAUACAAUGUACGAAAUGCACAAAAAUGUUCAGCACGGAGAAAAUGCUGAAAAUCCAUGACAGUACAUACCAUGUCCCAGCCGUUUGUAAACAGUGUUAUGUUCAAUAUCCAUCAAAAAAAGCUUUAAGAGCUCACAUGGACAAGCACAAACUGAACAGAUGUUCACACUGUAACAAACACUUUCUUAACAAACACACUUACAAAUUCCACCUUAAUGCAUGUGGCAAUGGCAAAGAAAAACAGCCAAGUUUCUUUUGUGAUAUUUGCAAUAAAGGUUACGUACGGAAGAAUGGUUUACGGACACAUUUAAAAACUGAUCAUGGUUUUGGCAAAGUUCUCAAUUGUAAUUGGUGCAAUAAAAAAUUUGAUGCUGUGAGCAGACUAAAGAAUCACAUAGUUAAGCAUACGAGAGAAAGAAAUUUUAGUUGUGAGCAAUGUGGUGGUAAAUUUGUCACACAUGCUGCAUUAAUCUACCACAUUCGGCUGCACACGGGCGAGCGGCCAUUCCCAUGUGAUAUGUGCGAUGAGAGCUUUUUAUCUGCUUCAAGAAGGAUGGAACACAAGAGACGAAAACACAUUGGGCCAACGGAGGAGUGCCCUGUUUGCCAUGUUAAAUUCAUUACUAGCCAUCAACUUCGCAAACAUGUGCAAAGGCAUUCCAAUCCACACAGUAAGCUGUAUGUCGCUGAUACCAAGCAACAGUAUUCAGUACUCUCAAAUAAGUAAAUAAAGUAGUAGUAAAGAAUGCAAGAA